AUGUUGUGCAAGCUGCAUUCCACUCAUUCUAACAAGUCGUUCUAUAUGCGGCCAAAGGCCGAUCUACAGCGGUCUUUUGGAGUGAAGCAUUUUGCUGGACCAGUAUUCUACCAUGUCAGAGGCUUCCUUGAAAAGAAUCGCGACUCUUUCUCGGCGGAUUUGCACGCUCUCGUUCAAUCGUCCAAGAUGCAUCUAUUGUUGAGAAUUUUUGAUGAGACUGAGUACGCCGAUGGCUCCAUUAGAAACAAGAAUACCACCGUGAGCAGUCAAUUCCGGAAGUCACUCGAUCAGUUGAUGCAGCAAUUGAACCAAACUGAGCCAUUCUUCAUCCGAUGCAUCAAACCGAAUGAAGUUUAA